CAAGCUAGCUACGUUUGGCGCGAAUUUCGAUAACGCUGCUCUCUGAGGAGAAUCUGCCUGUAACGUUAGCUAUCUAGCUGCUGACAUCAACCCUUUUAUUGAUCAAUCUGAUCUUUUUACGUUCUACACCAGGUUCUAGACACCAAAUUGCAAAACAGUAUUUCUGCAUGAAUUGAGGAAAGAUGUUUUACUAUCCAAACGUUCUUCAAAGGCACACCGGUUGCUUUUCCACUAUUUGGUUGGCAGCCACCAAAGGGAUCAGGAUAACACGCAGAGAGCUUCUGAGGGUCAACGUUGGGCGGACAUGUGAGGACAUCAUGGAUUAUGUGACGGUCCAGGUGGCUCCACUCUGCCCUGGUCUCCCUCGGCCUCGCUUCUCCCUCUACCUGUCCUCCCAGCUGCAGUAUGGGGUGGUUAUCGUCUACCACCGCCAGUGUGGUUUCCUUCUGGAGGAGAUCCAGCAGACCAUUGAGCGCCUGGUACGCUCUGAGAGACACGCACGCAUCGACCUGGCUGACCCUGACAGACAAGCCCCAAAUGUCCCAGACUCCCUGUUCCUGCUGGAGGAGGCCGAGGGGGCACAGGAUCCCUUCUUUGGGGUGAUGGGCUUUGAGCACCUGCUGCCUAGUCCCUAUAGGAUCCCUCAGCCAUGGCAGCUGAUGGAGAGCAUGACUCCAGAGCGCCCCAUAGGGGCCAGUCCUGGAACUGCACCAGAGGACGGAGGUUUCAAAUCCUCUCCUGAUGCCAUUACCCUGAAAGAGAAGGAGCAGCUUGUCAUCGUUGCUGCUGAGUUUGAAGGAGCUGAGCUUCCUGAAGCCACUGGCAAAGAGAUUGACAUGCUUCUGGAGCAGCAGGACCAAUUCCAUGACGGUGAGAGAAGAGAGGGAGAGUAAAGAAUAGAGCCCUGCACAUGCCUGCAACGUUCAGGCCCAAUUGCAUUUUGUUGUGUUACAGCCUGAACAUUUCAAAUUGAUACAAUUUAGAGUUUUUGGUCACUGGCCUACACACAAUA